AUGGAGUUUGACUUGAUUGAUUUGUCGAUGCAGAAGAAGGACGACGCGAAGCCUGGUGAGGAGACCAAGACGGAGGAAGAUCGCGAGCUUGAGGAACUUAAUCGCUCGCUGGAUCAGUAUACUGCCGGUCAGGAAGGCAAGCCAGAUGCGACUGCUGAGUCGGCUGAGAAAGCAAAGAUCCCGCCUGAGGAGGACCCGGAGCUUCUGGCCAUCACAAAGCCGACGCCAAAGAAAGCGAUCGACGUGCUCCUCUCGCCGCUGCAGAAAGCAGUCUACCUCCGCCAAACGACCGGCGUGGAUGACCCGCUCAUCACGGGCAAGAAGUACAAGUUCAAAGUCAACCGGCGGCUGCAGGAGCUCCUCGAGCCCUCGCUCUGGAUCAAAUCCCACACGCUCUCCGGCAGCGUCAAGAAAGUGACCCCGCUCCUGCGCUCGCUCCGGAAAAUGACCGUCACGCGCGCGAUCGCGCACUGCCAUUUCAACGUCAAGCACGAGGCCAAGCACCUCGAAACCCUUCUCUACCGCGCGCUCGACGAAGCAAAAGCGCUCGGCAUGUCCACCAAAGGCCUCUACAUCGCCCAGGUCUGGUCCGGCAAGGAACCCAAGCCGGAUAUGGCGGCGAGAUCGAGGAUCGAUUACAAAGGCCGUGGACGGGCCGGUACGCUGCUUAGAAAGGAGCACCAUGUGCAGAUGAUUAUCAAGACUCCUGUUACGUUGGAGCGGAUCGCGACUGAGAAGAAGAAGAAGAUGAUGGGGAAGAAGCCGUGGAAUACGUUGCGCGACAAGCCGUUCUAUGAUAAGAGAGGGCAGGAGUAUAACUGGUGA